CAUGAGUCCGCUUUUUUGAAAAAUAUUUAAUCUUCGAGGGGUUUCUUCAUGGAGUUUGAUUUUAUCAUCUACACUUUCACAAUUUUCUACGAAACAGUUAUAAAUGGAGCCAGCAAGAAGAAUUGGUGUGGUCAGCAUCUCGAACUGUUACCGUAAAAGUAUAACAGUUUAGUUGUUGAAUACACGGAUGGUUAAAUGGCUACGGCACCGUACAUUUAGAAGAAUUGUAGAUAUUGUAUUGAUGAUUGCUUCAAAUUUCCUGUCUGGUGUUCUUCAGUGUCAUAUAUGCAUGUAUUGAAGAUAGGAAUAUGGCUAACAGGGUUAUUUUCUUUGGAAUGGCCAAGAAUAUAUCUGGGUUUAGUUUUAAUGUUCUAACAUUAAUAAUGACGCUUUAAUAUUAUAGCCUGAAAAGGCCGAAAUAAUUGAGCAAAACGUUCAGAAUACAGAAUUUUAAGAUGGAAUCAAUAAUAGUAAAUGAGAAGCUGUCAGUAGUAGGUAGUAUUGAUAACGAGAGAACUAAACAGCUAACUCUUUUACAGAUAUUCCUCUUGAAUAGUGUGGUGUGUGGAAUAGAAAUUUGUGCAUGUGCUGGUUUUACCUAUAUUCCACCGUUACUCCUGAAAAAUGGCUUUUCUGAAGAAAAUAUGAGUUUGAUUUUAGGUUUUGGUCCUCUGUUGGCUUUGUUCUGUACUCCUGUUAUAGGCCGUGCGAGUGACAAAUGUCAUUGUCCAUAUGGAAGACGACGUCCGUUUAUUUUAGCCAUAUCAAUAGUGCUUAUAUUCUCCCUCUAUCUUAUACCGUUUGGCGAAAGUUUUAUAUCUAUGUUUAUAGGUAAAAGUGAUCUCAGUAAGCGCUUGGGUAUACUUCUGAUGACGAUUGGGUCUGUCAUGUUGGAUUUUACUAGUCAGACAUGUCUCACACCUUGUGAAGCUUUACUAAAUGAUGCAUGUAAAAAUACUGGUCAACAGGAAAGGGUUUUUUCAAUAUAUUCAUUGAUGGUGAGUUCUGGAGGAAUUAUUGGUUAUCUUUUAUCUGCGAUCAACUGGAGAUCAAAUAGCGUCGGACAAUAUUUUGGUGGAGAGGAGGCAUCAGUAUUCUCCAUAUUAAUUAUUAUGUUUACGCUAAUGUUGUCAGCAACUUUAAUCGUAGCAGCUGAAAAACCUCUAUUACGGUACCCAAAAACUAGUACUUCCAAUGAACAGGACGGUCACUAUGAUGAACUGGUUAAAAGUUCCCAGAAUGCAAUCGCUUUAGAAUCUGGUUAUGAAUCUAGCAGCAGUUCAAGAUCUGUAUCAGAAGAAAAUCUGCAUAAUAUACUUGUUACCAAGGAAACCAACUAUUCGGUAUCAUAUUCAAAAAGUGUGCGAUCAAUUCUACCACAUAGUAUCCGGAAUUGUUUAACAGUAGUGACAUCUAAAAGUAAAAUUCUGUCUCAUAUAUGUGCUUUAAUACAAACUUUAGGUUCAUCUGUUUAUAAUUUAUUGCCUACAAAUGUGCAACAGUUCUUAAAUGUACCUGUGGUGUUGCGACACUUGGCUCUGGCCAAUUUUUGUAGCUGGACAGCUGUGAUGGGCUUCAAUCUUUAUUUUACGGAUUUUGUGGGUCAGAUAGUUUAUCGUGGUAAUCCGAAUGCUCCUGAGGAUUCAGAAGCUGGUAAUUUAUAUGAUGAAGGUGUUCGGAUGGGUAGCUGGGGUCUGUUACUUCACUGUAUCACUUCCGCUGUUUAUUCUUUCUUCAUUGAAAGAUUGGUAGAUAAAUAUGGAAGUAAAAUGACUUACAUGAUGGGAAUGACAUCGUUCUGUUUUGCAAUGACAGGAAUGGUACUAGUACCAAAUGUUUACAUUGUAAAUCUGAUGGCAGCCAUGACAGGUUUUGCCUUCGCCACAUUGACAACGAUACCAUUUAUACUUGUAUCAAGAUAUCAUGAAGAAAAAGAGUUAUAUUUUUUUGAUGUGAUCACUACAACAUCUUCAUCAAAUCAUGGUAUAGGAACUUAUAUUGCUACAUUAGAUAGUGCCUAUUUUCUAUCUCAAGUGAUCCUAACAGCUUGUGUUGGCUAUAUCGUACAUAUAACAGGAACGGUAACAGCUUACAUGGUGUCAGCAGGUUGUAUGGGAUUGUUUUCUGUUAUAUUUAUUAAUAAAAUUGUGGUAACUAAACAAGAAUUAGUAAUCUUAUGUAAUGACAAUAAAAUAGAUUUAAAGAAUUGAUUUAAAAAGAAACUACUUGUAUAUUCAACAGAUUAAAGUUUUUUAAAUUUAUACCAUAAAUUUAAAAAUCUAUGUAAAUUUAGCUUUAGAUAUGUACAUUUAUGAGAGCUUUAGAAUAAAAAGGGAAGAAGCUCCUUCAUACUCAUCAACUUAGGGAGCCACUAAAACAUAUAUCUUUAAACCACUUGUAAGAAAAUUCUGAUCGUUAUAGAAUGGCAUGCUUGAUAUUUUUAGAAAGUAAACUGUAGAUUAACUUGAUUUUAUUAAUGGACUACCUCAGUUUUACUUAAACAAAAAUCUACAAUUUUAGUCUUUACUUUCAAUGUUUUAAAUACUGAUAUGGAUAUGCACAAAUUAUAGUUUAUUCAAGGUUAUCUAACAAUACCAAUUGGGUCAUUUUAUGAUCAACACUUUUCUGAAGUGGUUUAAACAUGUAGAUGUAUAUUCAUAAGCUAAAGACUGAAACAGAAAAAAAAAAGUCGAAAAAGAACGAGAUAAUCAAAGCCUGGUUUUGCUUACUAACAUUAAUUACGCCUAACUAGGUUACACCCUUGUACUUACAUUCAUCAUCAUUCAAGUGUAGUACAUGUACAAUAUCAGCUUGAAAUUAUCAAAAUAAGUGUCACACAACGUAUCUUUAAAUCAAGGUAUUGGGUAAAUAUUGUGGGUUUUUUUCCAGUACUUUGAAUAAAUGUAUUUAGGAUCAUCAGUUUCUUGGAAGAUUAGCUUAAAGUUUUGGUGACCAAGGAACAAGUUAUGAUUUUUGAUGAAAUAAAAUGUUGAUUUAAUUAGAUCGAUGUGUAGAUUUGUUUAGUUUUGUCUACAUUUAAACUUUUAGGCCCACAGACUGUCAGAUUGAGUCACAUAAUCUUUCCAAAUAAAAGUUUAUGUAUGUAUGUAGUGUUUGUUCGAUCAGUAAUUGAAAUUGGACAUCAAAUAAUCCAAUUCAACAUUUUAAGUCAAGGAGGUUCAGCUCUUUUAAAAUAUACUUUAAAUUCAAGCAUUUACUUUUUAAUAAUAAGUUUAACUGUUAUAUUUAUGCACUGCCAUUGUUCACUAAAUAACAACAAAACUUGGCCAUACAAAGUAUUAUGUAAACAUUCUGUAUACAUAAUCUUUUAAUAUUACAGCAACGAUUGAUGUGAACACCUUUCUUCCCUUGUUUUUUAGUCAGUCGGUUGCACAUUACUUAAAGCAUUUAUUUACAUUUGGCUAUAGGUUCAUAAAUUAUUUAUUUAUCAGAAAACAAAGGAUAAUAUUAAAAAACAAUUUUUGUACAAACUUAAACUUUAUCCAUUAACAGGUAUUUAUAAUCCUAUAUGUAAUCAGUUCUUGGAUAUGCAUUUAAACCUUGAAAUUUGCUGAAAAGUGAUUUUUUCAAAAGUUUGUAUGGUCAAAUAGAUUUUUUUAUGCAUGUUAGUUACUUGUCUGAAACAUCUCACUCUAUUCACAACUUCUAAUAACUAUACGUUGACCGAUGUCAAACUGGGUUAGAGUCAGAAAUCUAGGCACUCUUUUGAGAGACGUCCAUCCUUCAAAACUUUGGGAGAGAUUGGAUGCCUUGCAUCCUCCUAAAUCUAUAUUGCAAUAGUAUUCAGAAAGCUAAAUCUUUUUUCAGUCAAAUCGCGUCCAGGAAAAUCUUGUCAUGCCAAAAAAAACAAUAAAAAAAAAUUGUUGGUUUAUUCAUAAAUGAUAUACAUGGAUUCCGCUUUCCAAAUUUGAAUUAGGAUAUGGAUUGGACGGUGUGAAGUGGAAAUAAAAUUGUGCUAAUCUAUUGUUUUGGAGAUAUGGAAUGGACAUAAAAUCCCUGAUAAAAUCGGAAAUCCCAGAAAACAGUGGUAAGGAUUUUCUUACUCUAGCCUAGGCCCGGUAGGCCGACAUCAAUACUGUAUUAACAUGCAGAGACUGGGGAAAGAGUCAGAAUAUUAAACAUGAGUUAAAUCUGCCUACAGGCCUGAAAUGUUAUCUAAUUUAUUAAUUAGACAUUAAUUAACUUAUCCAGACCAUAAUCAAAUCUUGAUGCCAUCGCUAGCCUGCAAUAUUUACUGGAUUUGAAUACAUUUUGUGAUGGAUGAUUUAACGUCAAAAUGGAUAAUCAGGACCGAAUUCAGUAAUGAUGAUCAUGAUCGGGCCUAAAAUUUAAUAGCUAAUAUCUCGGUUCAGAGUGGAGCAAUUUGACUGAAAUUUUCAGCAUAUUCUUUUUGCGGUAUCUAUUUUUUUAUCUGUUAUAGUGAGAACUCUCAGCUCUUUAUCUAAUCUCCCAUAAUGCCCCUUUAACUUAAGACUAGGUAAUCACUAAUCAGUAACAUAAAUGUACCUGUAUUUGUCAUUGAUGUACAUGUUUCAAACUGCAAUCUACAUCUUUAUUUACACAUUCAGUUUCAUAUUUUGCUUUUUAUACGCCCCCAUUUUCAUGUGGACGUAUAUUGUCGUACCCCUGUCCGUCCACAAUUUGUUUGUGGACACUCUACAGAUCACAAUUCUUAUCUGAUUUUGACGAAACUUGAAAUAUAGGAUUAUCUAAAAAAAAUCAUGGAUUAUAAGAUUAUAACCCCUGAUUGUACGAAAAAUCACGUUUUUAGCUUGUGGACACCCUAGAGCUCACAAUUUUGAUCUGAUUUUUUUGAAACUUGAUAUGCAUGUUUUAAAUCCAAAAAUCUUGGUCCCUUUCGAUAUUUGCGCAUAUAGGAUCGUAACUUCCUGAAUUAUGUACCCUGAUCGUGUUUUUAGCCUGUGGUGCCUUUAGGUCAUAAUUAUCUGAUUUAAAAAAACGUUCCAAUAUAUCACCGUUACACAGUAAUGUCAAUUAAGUUCGUAUUUAAUGACAAUCGGACCAAAACUGCCGGACCAAAUGGCCGCCCCUUGUAUGCAAAUAAUGUAAAAUUAUGUUAUAUCAAGGUUGUGAACCCUCUAGAGGUCACAAUUUUGAUCCAAUUUUGAUGAAACUUCAAAUACAUGUUUAUAACCCAAAGAUCUUGGUUCCUUAUCGGAUUGUAACUUCCUGAAUUAUGGCCCUUGAUUGUACCAAAAAUCACAUUUUUAGCUUGUGGUCCCUCUAGAGGUAACAAUUAUUAUCUGAUUUAAAAAAACGUUCGAAUAUAUCACCAUUACACCGUAUUGUUGGUUGAGUUCAAAUUUUGUGAAAAUCGUACCAAUUUAAAAAAAACGUUUGAAUAUAUCACUGUUACACCCUAAUAAAUGUUGAGUUCGAAUUUUUUGAUAAUUGGACCAAAACUGCCAGACAAAAUGGCAGCCCCUCCGAUUUUAAUAGAACUUGAAAUUCAUGUUUAUAAUCCAAAGAUCUUGGUUCCUUUCGAUAUUCACACAUAUCAGAUCGUAACUUCCUGAAUUAUGGCCCUUGAUUGUACGAAAAAUCACAUUUUUAGCUUGUGGUCCCUUUAGAGGUCACAAUUUGUAUCCGAUUUAAAAAAAUGUUUGAAUUUAUCACCGUUACACCCUAAUAAUGGUUGAGUUCGAAUUUCGUGAAAAUCGGAACUAAAACUGCCGGACAUUGUACGCAAAUAAUGUAAAUAUAUGGUAUAUCAAGGUUGUGGACCCCCUGAUUAUUUUUUUUUUUUAGCUUGUGGGCGUAUCUAGCCUGGCAACCGCUGGUCUAAAUUUAUAUUCAUUAUAAAUCAAAACCUUUCUUGAUCAAAACAUUAACAUAGAUACAUGGACAAUGUAUAUUUUAUCUUCAUUGUUGUGUUAUUGUUCAUAAAGUUUUGUGGGAAUCUAACUAACAUAUAUAUAUAUAUAUGGUUGUAAUUAGAAUAUCUGUUUUAUUUUCUUAUUGUUAGAUUAUAUAUUUGAAUAGUGUUUUAUUAUAAUUUCUAUAUUGGUUAAAGUAUUGUAUGUGCCAUUAUUUUAUGACAGUUUUUAUUAUUUUUAUUUCAUUUUUUAAUGGAUAAGGUUGUAUGAUCACAUGGUUGUUUGUUGCUACAUGUAUCUCUUGAGUACAAAAUAUAAAUUGUCAUACAUGUUAGCCAGCUUAUAUUGAAUUUUUCCAUAAUUGAUUUAAAUACAUGUACAUGUAGAUGAUUUUGUUUUUGUUAAGCGAUUUUUUUUAUACUAUUCAAAAAAAGUAGGGGAUAUUUGAUUUUUAAGUGUUAUUAAAGUCACCUAAUAAAACUGACGAAGAAACAAAUGACAAAAUGAAAUGAAGUUCACAUUCAUCGAUUUAUUCCAAAUGAUCGUUAGACUAAGUAAGGCACAGACUGACCAUUAUAAGGGUAAAAUGAUACCCGGGGUCAAACAGCAAAGUUACCACAGCAUCACAACCAAGUCAGUAACGGGUAAAUCCUCCUCUGUUUGCCAAACAAGCAUUGAUCCGACGUGGCAUACUCCUAAUGAGACGUCUAAGGUCAUUUUGGUCCAGAUUGUCCCAUUCCUGUUGCAACGCAGCAGCAAGUUCUUGGACAUUGGCAGGACGUUGUUGACGUUGACGUUUCCUCUGUCCAAGCAUGUCCCAGACAUGCUCGAUGGGGGAGAGGUCAGGACUCAGUGCUGGCCAAGGUAAUGUGGUGAUGUUCUGUUGUUGGAGGUAACCUGUAACGAUCCUGGCCCUGUGACAUCUUGCGUUGUCAUCCUGGAAGAUGAAACGGCGGCCAUGACGUCGUGCGAACGGCACAACAUGGACUGCCAAGAUGUUGUCCCGGUAGUACUGGCCUGUAACACGCCCUGCAACAACAUGUAAAGCCGUUCUUCCAGCAACAGUGAUGCCUCCCCACACCAUAACAGAACCACCUCCAAAUCGAUCAUGUCUGAUGACGUUAACGUCUUGGAAGCGCUCGUUUCGACGACGCCACACCCUCCUACAUCUGUCCAAAAAAUCAACAGUGAACCUUGACUCAUCUGAAAACAUCACAUUGCU